AGUAUAGACCUGAGAUGAUGACCCUUCCAUCGUAACCCCAGCCAUGGGGGAACUUAAGGGAUUGCAGAUCUGGGAGAUUUGAACCAUCUGUCUCCAAACAUGGGCUGUCUGUAUAGUAAGGGGAAUGUCCACUUUAGUAUAGAUGAUGAAAUCUAUGACAUAAAGGAAACAAGGAAACAACAGCAAAAGGAAAAGGAAAAGGAAGAGGAAGAAAAAAAGCUCAGACCUUCUUCCACUCCAAAGGUGGAACACACGUGGCCCUCGAAGUUAGAGCUAUCCCUACAGCAUCUAUCACAAAAAACACAGAAUGCCAGAAAGAUACAGGCCUGGUGGCGAGGCACCCUGGUGAGACGCUCACUGCUGAGGGCCGCCCUCAGUGCAUGGAUCAUUCAAUCCUGGUGGAGGAAGAUACUGGCCAAAAGACAGGAAAAGAAUCGACUGAUAAUCCUGCACUUGAUGGCACAAGAAACAAGGGCCUGCGUCCUUAUUCAGUCGUGGGUCCGGAUGCUGAAAAUCCGUCAGAAUUAUUGCAGGUUGUGCUAUGCCACCCGUGUCAUCCAGGCGUCGUGGCGCUGGUAUAACUGCCGCACCCGUGGCUUUUUCCAGGGCAGCUAUGAACUUGUAGGAAACAAACUACGUUUACGGCUUGAUAUCUUUCUGGGAUCACAGGUUUGUCGAAUAUCAGACUGCAUAUCCUUGCCAAUAAAGAACUGAUCAGGUCUUCUAA